AUUUGGGGGCGGAGCGUAGGGUGGGGAGGCCGUGGGGGGCCGUGUUAUUGCUCCGCUUUCUGGCUCCAGCUGCUUCCUUUCUUCGUCCCGGGCUUGGACCCUCAGCGCCGACAGGGAAACUGAGGCACGGAAGUUAAGUGAUUUGCAGACAGUCAUCACAUGACUUACAAUUAGCAGAUGGCAGCACAAUGUGUAACAAAGGUGGAGCUGACCAUCUCCUGCAACAAUCUCCUGGAUAAAGAUGUUGGUUCAAAGUCAGACCCCCUGUGUGUACUUCUCCAUAAUACAAGUGGACAGCAGUGGUAUGAGGUUAAUCGCACAGAAAGGGUUAAGAAUUCCUUGAACCCGAAGUUCGCCAAGAGGUUCCUAAUUGAUUACUACUUUGAACUGGUUCAGAAGUUUAAAUUUGGGAUUUAUGACAUUGACAACAAAACCAUUGAUCUAAGUGAUGAUGACUUCCUGGGAGAAUUCGAAUGCACUCUGGGACAAAUAGUCUCCAGCAAGACGCUGACAAGACCAUUACUGUUUAAAAAUGGUAAACCUGCAGGGAAAGGAAGCAUUACGAUUACAGCAGAAGAAGUAAAGGAUAAUAGAGUGGUCUUAUUCGAAAUAGAAGCAAGGAAACUAGACAAUAAGGAUUUUUUUGGAAAGUCAGACCCUUUUUUGGAGUUCCACAAGCAGACCUCGGAAGGGAACUGGGUGAUGGUUCACAGAACUGAGGUUAUAAAAAACAACUUGAAUCCUGUCUGGAAGCCCUUUAAAAUAUCCCUCAAUUCUCUGUGUUACAGUGAUAUGGAUAAAACAAUCAAGGUAGAGUGCUAUGAUUAUGACAGUGAUGGGUCUCAUGAUCUCAUUGGGAGUUUUCUAACCACAAUGUCAAAACUGAAGGAAGCUUCUCGAUCCUCACCGGCUGAAUUUGAAUGUGUCAAUGAGAAGAAGAGACAAAAGAAGAAAAGCUACAAAAAUUCUGGUGUCGUGAGUGUGAAACACUGUGAGAUUAUAGUGGAAUGCACAUUCCUUGAUUACAUCAUGGGAGGAUGUCAGCUGAAUUUCACUGUGGGGAUAGAUUUUACUGGCUCCAAUGGAGACCCUCGCUCACCAGACUCUCUACAUUUCAUCAGCCCUAAUGGGGUUAAUGAAUACCUGACAGCCAUUUGGUCUGUAGGAAUGGUCAUUCAGGAUUAUGAUGCAGAUAAAAUGUUUCCAGCCUUUGGAUUUGGUGCACAAAUUCCACCUUCCUUUCAGGUAUCUCAUGAGUUUCCGUUAAACUUUAACCCAUCAAAUCCAUUCUGCACUGGAAUCCAAGGCAUUAUUGAUGCAUACCGGGCCUGCCUUCCUCAAAUAAAAUUAUAUGGGCCAACCAAUUUUUCUCCAAUAAUAAACCAUGUGGCUAAAUUUGCUGGUGCAGCUGCACAGCAACAGACAGCAUCACAAUAUUUUGUGCUCCUGAUCAUCACGGAUGGUGUGAUAACAGACCUUGAUGCAACCAGAUCUGCCAUAGUUAAUGCCGCAAAGCUUCCCAUGUCCAUUAUCAUUGUUGGCGUUGGAGGAGCUGAUUUCAGUGCCAUGGAGUUUCUUGAUGGUGACAAUGGAAGUCUCAGGUCCCCGACUGGAGAGCCAGCUAUUAGAGACAUUGUACAGUUUGUGCCAUUUAGGCAGUUCCAAAGUGCUCCCAAAGAAGCUCUGUCUCAGUGUGUCCUGGCAGAAGUGCCUCAGCAAGUGGUAAACUACUUCAGCACAUACAAACUGCAGCCUCCCAAGAAUCCUGCCGCAAAGUGAGAGAACUGAGUGGGAGAGGCGAGUGAGGCUAACCCAGUUGGGAUUCCUGCAACUCCCGCAUGUCAAUGGAUUUGCGUCUUGAGACUUUUUUUUUGUACAUUGAUUCAUACAUGUUAAUGUCCAUUUGCUUUUGCAUGGAAACGUACUUUGCCAGUUUUUUUUACUUGAGACAAAGAUGUAUCCCAGUUUAAUACUCAUGUUGAUUAUGAUAAAGGCUCCAGCUGGGCAAAUUUGGUAGAAAAUAACAUUUCAAGAAGUAAGCUGAAUAUGAAAAUCAUGAAUAAACUGUGCCAAGUUGUUGGGUGUGGUGCUGCUGCUUUGUGCAGCAGGGCUGGUGUAAUAAGGUCAUCAAGCUGGCUGAACUGCUCCAGGGAGAAUCACCCCAAUGUGACAUGGUUCUUCAGUAUUGUAGAGCUGAUGUAGCAGAGGUGGGCAAACUUUUUGGCCCGAGGGCCAUAUUGGGGUUGCAAAACUGUAUGGAGGGCUGGGUAGGGAAGGCUGUGCCUCCCCAAACAGCCUGGCUGCCACCCCCUAUCUGCCCC